UAAACAUUUUUCAAGGACAAAUUUGUUUAUAUAUAUCCAACCGCUUUUUAAUUGAAUUAAAAUUUAACGAUUUUUGGUCUUAACUCUCGAAUAAUGAUUACUUGAAAAAGAUAGUGAUAAUGCCUACCAGUAUUACUUCGUUACUAUUACUUUCAAUUACAUUUCUAACCGGAGAAUCCUCCUUACUGAUUUACAAAAGCAUUAACGGGAGAAAUUAUCCGAUAGCGGCGACUAUUAAGAUUUCAAGCGGACGAAACGUAACUCUAAAAUGCAAAGACAUAAACAACGCGAAUAAUGACGUGGAGUGGAGGCGAAACUCCGGCAGUUUCGAGUCUGACAGGUACAUUCGCAACGAUGACGCCUCACGAAUCAACUUUAUACCGUUUCGACCCGAAGAUGCUGACGUAUACAUUUGCAAGAGUCUUAAGUACAACGUGUCGAAGGCGGUCACAAUCACCCUCGAUGAUAGCUCCUCGACGAAAAGAAGGCUAAAACGAACACAGUACAGAAUCGAUGAGGACGGCUACGAUUUUAAUAAAAUAAAAUUAAACUUUUCCGACAUGCUCGGCGAUUUCUUUAAAAAUGGAAGGAAAUUUAAGUACACGGCGCCAUCACUUUGGAAUGACCAAACGGACGACCGUAAAAUAAAAUUAAACUUUUCCGACAAGCUCGACGAUUUCCUUAAAAAUGGAAGGAAAUUUAAGUACACGGAGCCAUCACUUUGGAAUGACCGAACGGACGACCGUUCCGAAAUUUGGCCCGGUUACGGUCAACCUGGCUCGAAUAUGUUCACAUCCAAUAUAGCUUCUAAUAAUGCUCCGCAUCUCGAGUUGGAGUAUGAGGAGUUGCUGAAACGAACCGAUUAUAAAACUGUCGAUUCUUCCGGUUCCGUUUCCGGUACCAACGAAUACGGUUUUCUGUAUUGUAUAGCAAUCAUCGGAGGCCUGUUCUUGUUCGGCGGGAUAAUGUGCAUGUGCGUUCGGAACAACCCGAACGUGCGAGCGCGCUUGGAAAGGGUCUCCUCGAACGGUCCGCCGUGUACGCACGCGAUGUGCGUUCGUCACCGAGACACGAAUCCGUUGGCCGGCUGCAUUUUGCCGAAUUUGAACGCAACAAAUCGCAUACCGGCCCCGAUAGUGCAUACCGACGCCAUCGGCGACGUCACCGUGCUCAGCUUUUCCGAGGAGAUGAUCGACGGGUUUACGGAUUAUGACGAUAAUGCCGACGGUCGCUCUGAUAUUCCGCCAUCUUACGCGAAUUCGGUCGACGAGGGAAAGACCGAUCUUCCGCCUUCGUAUGAGGAGGCCCUCAAAAUUAUGCUUCCAUCUGUGUACUGCAAUCAGGAAACAGCACCAGCGCGUCCAUUAAAUUAGGACUUGCUUUUUAUGUUUACUGUACAUUACGUACUCUCCCAUUUAUCCCUUUGCACCCCGCAUCGAAUAUGCUCGGAAUUGGAAAACAUAGAAACGCGUUUUGAUCUUAGUACGUAAUGUGCCUUAAUCCAAUCGUUAUUUAUUUACUUAUAUGUAUGUGAAAAAGUAUUAUCAAUCAAAUAUAAUAUAUUGUACACAAUAAA